AAACUUCUCUCUCUCUCGAAUCUCACCGUCUGACGGCGUCAAUUUCAGCCGCAACCCCUCGCCUUCUCCAACUGUGAGACCAAUAGCCUGCUUUUCACUGCAGCAGCAACAAUCUCAGCUGAUUGAGCGAAGAAAAGUAACGGUCCGAUGGAGAUAUUGGAACGGCAAUGGCUGCCUCAUCUGGAUUUACUGAUAUGUCUGCACUUAGGGGAAAAGAUUAUGGGAAGACCAAAAUAAGGUAUCCGGGCUACACUGAAACAGAAUCAGGUCUUCAGAACAAGGAUUUGCGGGUGGGGGAUGGCAGUACACCCAGGAUGGGAGAUACAGUUGUGGUUGAUUGGGAUGGCUACACUAUAGGAUAUUAUGGCCGCAUAUUUGAAGCUCGAAACAAGAGCAAAGGCGGUUCCUUUGUGGGAGAUGACAAAAACUUAUUCAAAUUUAGACUUGGAUCCCAAGAGGUGAUUCCAGCAUUCGAGGAAGCAGUUUCAGGAAUGGCUCUUUGUGGUGUUAGAAGGAUCAUAGUUCCACCAGAACUGGGAUAUCCCGACAAUGACUACAACAAAAGUGCCCCCAAACCAACGACCUUCUCGGAUCAACGAGCAUUAGAUUUUGUGCUAAGGAAUCAAGGGCUCAUAAAUAAAACUCUACUGUUUGAUACUCUAGUGUUUUUCCGUUAGUAAUUGGGAGUUGAAGUCAUCCAUGGCUGAAAAUAUUGGAAAACAUUGAGCAAAGAAUGUAAAGUAUCUCUUUGAAGUAAGCAGUGAGGCCAUGUUUCAUCCACCAAAUUCUAGCAAUUUUUGAAAUAUGGAGCAACUCUUGACAAUUUUUCUUUUUACUUUAUAUAUUAACUAAAAUUUAAUGGUGUGAAGAAAGAUGUGAUUGUCCAUUAUGUCCAAAUUUUGUUAU